CACACACACACACACACACACUCACACUCACACUCACACACACAUAACUUUACUGUGGAGACCGCGGUGCCUCACAAAGCGGUGUGUCGACAGUAGAGAAGCAGCUAGCAGCCCCCUCCAGGCCAAAGGAAAUGAAGAGGAGGCUACAUAAGAAAUACUUGAUUUUGAUACUGGCAUAUUCGGGUCUACUUCUGCUAAUCCCGUACGUGCUAGAUUACCGGGAUAAAUCUGUUCAACACGGGAAACAUGGUCUACAGCAACAAUCCAGAUGCCCAGAUUUGGAGAACACUGUUGCAAUGCUCUGGGAUAACGGUAAAGUCAACGGGAGCGACGCGCCGGAAUACGCAAACGUAAACAGGACCCAGUCGCGGAUCCACAUUUACCUGCAUGCCACCUGGAGGACCGGCUCCUCGUUCUUAGGGGAGCUCUUCAACCAGCACCCUGAUGUUUUUUACCUGUACGAGCCCAUGUGGCACAUAUGGCAGGCUCUGUACCCGGGGGAUGCGGGGAGCCUCCAGGGCGCCGUGAGGGACAUGAUGAACGCCCUGUACCGCUGCGACUUCUCCGUCCUCAAACUUUAUGCCGGCUCACAAAAUAUCACCACUUCCUUCAUAUUCGGAUGGAAAAUGAACAAAGUGAUCUGCUCGGAGCCGUUAUGUGACGCGCACAAGCGGCACGAAAUCGGGCUGGUGAGAGAGGACUUGUGCGUAAAGUGCCAAAAGAGGGACAUUAGGGAGCUGGAGAAGGAGUGCAAAAAGUACCCGGUGAUGGUUAUCAAAGGGGUCCGUGUUUUGGAUCUCAGCACGUUGGUUCCUUUAAUGAAAGACCCAGCCAUCAACCUCCAGAUCAUCCAGCUCUUCAGAGACCCAAGGGCAGUGCACAACUCGCGCUUAAAGUCCAAACAGGCCCUGGUGAAGGAGAGCAUCCAGGUACUGAGGAGUAAAAAGCAGAAUGACAAGUACAAACGCCUAUUGGUACCAAGCAACAGGGUGAACCGGGCUGAGAGCUACGUCUCCAGCGCCAUGGAGCUCAUCUGCGACAACUGGCUCAGUGACAUGUUACUGGUGAUGAACGCGCCUCCCUGGGUGAAGAGAAACUACCUUCGGAUCCGCUACGAGGACAUAGUUCUGCAUCCCAUGGAGGAGCUCCAGAGGCUCUACCGCUUCUCUAACCUGUCCACCGUCCCCGCUUUGGAGAAGUUCGCCCUGAACAUGACGCACGGACAGGGGUAUUCAUCAGACAGGCCGUUCCUGAUCUCAUCCAGGGAUGCCAAAGAGGCGAUAUACGCCUGGAGAGAGCGGCUCAAUGUGGAGCAGAUAAAUCAGGUGGAGGCCUACUGCAGUGAAGUCAUGAGACAGCUGGGUUAUCAGAAGAACAUAGUGGAGAAAACAACAUGAGGAAGGAUGCAUCACCAGGAAUCAAUGCAUAAGGGGCCUGCUGUCCAUGGCUGAGGGCAAAAGGUGGAAUAAAAAAAAGCAAGCAGCUGGAAUGUGGUCCACUGGGAGUUUUCAAGCUCUUGUUUUCCUCUAGCUGAGUGGAGCUGAUGAAUGAAGAAAUUUCAAGUUGAAAGGGCAGCCAAUCACAUACAGAUGAAUUUGAAAAGUGAAGCCGGCAGCUUAUUUUUUUCACAGUGUUACCUGAUCAGCACCAGUGUGCAGAUAUGAGGAUAUGGGGAGAGGAAAUAAAGAAGAAGAGAAGGAUGUGGUUGAUUCGUGCUGCCGCUCCAGGGCAGCCUAUAUCCUUCUGUCCUUUUAGUAGCACUAAUCCCUCUUUAAAUCCCCUGUAGGGAAGGGCCAUAAAAAGCCUGAGAUGGGUCCUUCCUGGGAGAUGACUGCCUGCACACAAGGUGGUAGCAACGUCAGUUUCACUCUCACCUGCGUGACUUAUCUAUCCAACCCAUGAAUAAACAUGGCAGUAAUCUCGAGCAUUACCAAUCUCACUCGGUUCACUAACAUUGCUAAUGUAGAGCUUUGAAAGAAGAAACUACAGUAUUUUCCUAAAAGAGGCCCGACUGAGGAACUAUUGUUCCUCCCCCGGCCCCUCAGGAAUCCGGACAGCUGCAGCGCCCCACUGAUAAAACACUCACAUGGGUGUGAAAUUUUCAAAUAUCCCACAGACGUGUCUUGGAGAGCUGCUUCUGUCCUCUCCCACUUGACUUUUUUUUUAACAGGUUUUCUAAACACAACAGAUGGUACUGAUUAAAACUGUGUAUCAUUUUUAUUUAAAUAUUGUAAAAUGCUGUGAAUAUCCCUCUGGUUAACAUUGUGUUGAGGAGGGGUCAAAUGUGCACCAGCAUCUACAUGUUCAACUUUAGAAGUUGGUUCUGUAAUAAUUGUUCUGGGUUGAAUACCUGAAGAGGUUUUCUUGUCAAGAAAGAAAUAACUUUUAGACUAUUUAAAUAACUUCAAUAAAGACUUAGUAAAUGCUAAGGAAG